GCAGUUUGCUUGUAUUGAAAACAUAACACACUGUACUUCCUGCAAACCCAUUCAAAACGAAUUAGAGUAUCGGAUGUGAAAUUAUUGACGUAAAGCGCAGUAACGUUAGAGACAAACGUCUGAAAAAGAUGGUCUAUCUAUUAGAAUGCUCUUGCUGAUACCUACAUUUUGGACAAAAUCAAGUUGUGUUAAAUUUACGAUCCUUCUUCACCUCUAUUGGUAAGUUGACAAGUUAAUUCAAUUUAUAAAAAUUACAAUCAAAAAAGUGAUAAUUCGAUAAAAUCGUCAUGAAUAUUAAUAGUAUUAUGAUCGUAGUAUAAACGAUAAUUCAAGCUUUCAAUUCGUAAAGUUGAAUAUUGUUUGUGCGAUAAACAGCAUAAGGUUUCUAUAUAAAGAAAAAAAAAAUACAUAAAUCAAUGAACAAAAGAUACAUAAACAAGUUUAAAAAAAAAAUCAUACCAUUAAAAUGGAGGGUAUUUGUAUAAUAGAUUUAAAAAGUUAUUAAUAAGUAAUUAGAUGGAAAAAAAAACUAGUUAAAUUGUAUAUGAAUGUAUUUUUAAGGCUAUUUUGUAAACAUGUAUAUAUAUAUAUAUGAUUUUUCAACCUUAUCCCCCAUUCAUAAAAAUGACCUUUUGAAUUGUUAAAUGUUUUGAAUGAAUAUAUGAAGAAUUGUUCGAUGAAACUUACUAAACAGUCAAUAGAAUGUUUUGAGUUAUAAUUAGUUUUAAAUGGAUUCUUUUACAGUUUUAUCCUUUACUUGUUUUUUUUUUUAAAAAAAAACUGUAUAUAUACUGUAUAUAUACACGCGUAUAAUGUAAUUAUUACUAGAGGUCAAUAUUUAUUAUAACUUAACCGGGUUGUUUAAAAUUGGAUUCACCGAAACGCAUGCGCCAAUGGGAAAAUAUCGCCUCGAUGACGGACAUAUAGUAAAUAGUAUUUAGUUCGUUUAUUGAACUUGUUUCUCAUAGCAUUUUUAAUCUGUUGGCAGAUUCAAGGGAUGUCUGACUCGGUGAAUAGAUUUAGUCUGCUGCCUCGUUCAGCAAGAGCUCUAAGUGUUGAUACUGCUUCGCUCAUGCUAACUGCAAAGCAACUGAAGCGUUUGGAUACCAUUUAUGAAAAAAAACUAAAGCAUGACCAUGAUAAUGAUUCUGGAAAUGAGUCGGCGGGAGAAAUAGACUCUCCUGAAGCAGUUUACAUAACGCCGAAAACUCGAGAAAAAAUAUCUUCAUUGGCGCCAUCUUCAGUUGAACUAGUCAUUCCCGAAAAUGUAAUGCCUAGACGGGGUAGCCUGCAGGAUAUCAAAAUAUUAGCUGAAAAUAAGCCGAAAAAGGGUCUUUCAAGAAUUGAAAGUUUACCAUGUAUAACGGCAUUACAGACGAAGAACGAGAAAGUAGAGUUACCAAAUAGAACGAUAAAUAAGCGAACGGGACUGCUUUCCAGUGAUGAAGUUCUUAAGAAAAUUGGUCCCGAAGUUAUAAAUUAUAAUAAAAGGCGAGCGGGCGACGCAGAAAUAAUUAAAUCAUUUUUGAGCUUUCCAGCUGAAAAAGCAAUAUCCAAAACUGCAAAUAAUUUAGAAACUUCAGUACAAAACGUUCAGCCAAAAGUAUCCAAUGUUGAACAAGAAAAUAUGAUAAAAACAACUGAUACCAAGACAAAAGAACAAAAACUCUUUGCUCCUCCAAAAAAGAAUGAAACUUUUGGAAAAUUUCUAAAGAGAAGAUUAUCCGGCGGAAGUAGUCAAGAUAACAUUAUUGCACCAACCUCUCAUUAAAACUUUCUACAACUAUUCUUUCUAUCAUUAUCCAUAAUUUUAAACAUAUUUUUUUUCUUUUUAAUUCAUUUAUUAUCGUUUAUUUAUCAUUUUGUCCAUUUAAUCUUGAUGAUAAGCUAUUUGGUAUAUGGAUUUGAAUUACUUGAUAUUCAAGAAUUUAGUCGAAAUGAAAAUUUCAUAAAAAAACUUUUCUAUUGCGUUUGUUUUUUUUUAAAAAAAACAAAAUGUUUUUAAGAAUCUGAAAAUAUUUUUUCAUUUAGU